ACUGAAGAAAAGAGACAUUAAUACAUUAAUUAAAUACACACACAAACUGGGAAGACAGUUGUGUUGUUAUUGUGUAGUGUAAUGAAUCCCUCUUCUCUGUUUCUCUCCAUUUGCCAUCGAACCAGUUGACGACCACUUCACCUCUCUACUCCACCUCGCAGUGCAGAUCAUCACCAUGGCUGGUCGUAGAGACGCCUUGCUCACCAGAGACAAAUCCCAAUCCGCCGCCGGAUCUCGGAUCGCCGCCGCCGUACUCAUCGGCGUUCUCCUCGGCUGUAUCUUAGCCUUCUUCCUACCCCACGGCUUCUUCACCUCCUCCACCACUCCCAUCCUCAAUCACAAGAUGGUUUCUUCUGCGUGUGAAUCGCCGGAACAACUUGAUGCGUUGAAACUGGAUAUUGAGUCUGCCAAGGAGAAGAAUUCUGAGCUGAAGAAGAAGGUUAGGGGGCUAAUGGAGAAGCUGCGUAUGGCGGAGCAAGGGAAGGGUCAUGCUCAGGAGCAGGUUAUUGUGCUGGGUGAGAAUCACAAGGCUGGUCCUUAUGGCACUGUCAAGGGUCUCAGAACAAACCCACCUGUGAUUCCUGAUGAAUCAGUGAACCCCAGAUUGGGUAAAUUGUUGGAGGAGGUUGCUAUUUAUAAGGAGCUUCUUGUUGUUCUUGCUAACACUAAUGUGAUGGAGAUGUUGGAGGUGUGGUUCACCAAUAUCAAGAGGGUUGGCAUACCUAAUUACUUGGUUGUUGCAUUGGAUGAUAAAAUUGAGGAGUUUUGCAAGGCAAAUGAUGUUCCUGUUUAUAGGAGGGACCCGGAUCAGGGUGUGGAUUCGGUCGCAAAGACGGGCGGGAACCAUGCUGUUUCCGGGUUGAAGUUUCGGAUUUUGAGGGAGUUUCUGCAACUGGGUUACAGUGUUCUUCUGUCAGAUGUUGAUAUUGUGUACUUGCAGAACCCCUUUGAUUAUCUUUAUAGGGAUUCGGAUGUGGAGUCUAUGUCGGAUGGUCAUGAUAAUAGGACAGCUUAUGGUUUUAAUGAUGUCUUUGAUGAGCCUUCAAUGGGGUGGGCUAGAUAUGCUCAUACCAUGAGAAUAUGGGUUUAUAACUCUGGUUUCUUUUACAUAAGGCCUACUCUUCCUUCGAUUGAGCUCUUGGAUCGUGUUGCUAGCCGUCUUUCUACGGAUUCAAAAGCGUGGGAUCAGGCUGUUUUUAAUGAAGAGCUGUUUUUCCCUUCACAUCCGGGUUAUGAUGGACUUCAUGCUGCAAAAAGGACAAUGGAUAUGUACCUUUUUAUGAACAGCAAGGUUCUCUUUAAGACUGUAAGGAAAGAUGCUAAGCUCAAGAAGUUGAAGCCAGUGGUUGUACACCUUAACUACCAUCCUAAUAAAUUUGAUAGGAUGAAGGCUGUAGUUGAUUUCUAUGUCAAUGGGAAACAAGAUGCGCUAGACAGUUUCCCUGAUGGUUCUGAUUGAUAGGAACAUCAAAAUAGUGAUGAGGGUUCUAACACGGGGAUGGAAUCAUGUGCUCAAGCUGAUGUGAUACAGAGGCAACCAUUUUGGUUCAGGAUCGAUUUUAUCUCAUUGCACUUUCUGUUUUCGUUUUUACAAUCUGUUCUGUAUGAUAUCAUUGAUUAAACAGGUUUCUGUACUCUAGUCUAUGCUCUUAACUUUGUAUAUGUUUUGUUUUCUGUGUAUGAAGUGGAAAUUCAAUGCUUAUGCAACCUUUUUAAAGGCAAAUGAGAAAAAUUAACUGCUGCUGCUA